CCCCUGCCAAUUGGAGAAGACACUUAUUAGACACCUCAUCUCGAUAUCCCUACACCAAAUCCGGCCUUUCGCUUAGCCUUCCCUUCCCUUCUCUUCGACUCAUCCUCUAUUUACACUCUGCUUCCUCUUUCCACCUGCCGAACUCAAACCACCCACCUCACACCUUCAACUCCACAUAUGCGUACGAUCAUACUGGCUACAAUUAUCGUCGUUCGCAGUUAACUUCCCUCCUCCCCCUUCCUUUGUUUUCACCUCUUCUCCUCUUUCUUUAUACUUCCGACUUCCUAUCACCACCGCCCAAUAAUCCCGACCGAUAAUACCCUCCCCAAUCUCACAACGAACUCGACCGUGCCAUACUCAUUCAUCCCUUUCCAUCGCCCAUUCCUUUGAAAGCUACAACCACCAUCACUUGCCUCGUUCUGCGUCAUACUGCUUUGCUGCCCCAGCAACAACCACAUUCUUGAACAUCCAACAAAGCUUCGCAGAUCUUGUUGUAAUCAUCAACUCCAUCAAAGGUCAACCACAUUCUUCCGCCUCUUGAUCAAUCGUCAUCCUCUCCUCGUUUACUUUGCAACGGACCCCUCUUGUCGUCGACCUACAAACUUCGAACAUUGGCAGAAGAAGAGUCAUAUCUUCUACUUCCUUGUUCCAUCAACACAUCAAUUUAAACACAUGAGUUCCAGAUCAACAUCUAAGCGUUUAUCACGAUAGCCAAUUCGAUCAUCCUCGGUCUGUGAUACAUACGCUGUCAAAGUCUUCUACUCGCAGAUCAUAACUCCCAGAUCUGUGCAUUCAUCCAUCACAUCUGCCCUACCAUAUCAUCACGCCACUCUAUCUCGAUAUUGCAUAAUUGAUUAGGUUCAAUUGUACAUUUCUUCCUCGAUUCGACCUACCAAAUCGACAUCACAUUUUCAUACCACUUAGUACGUUGCUUCGUACUAUUCGAGGAACCUUCCAAACCUCAGACACUCGUUCUUUCAACGUCUGACUCCUAUGUCAACAUAACGAUUUUCAACUCUUUCCUUUUUUUAUUAAAUCCGGGCCUCAAGUCCCUUCUUUGUCCUAUUUAACGAACUAUUCAACAAAUUUCUUUUGUCAAAGCGUAUUCGAAAUACCCAUAUGAGCCUCUGAACACCCUACUUCUACGAUCCGGAGUUAUUCAACAGUUAUUCAUUUUCCUUUUUCGGCGGUUAGGAUACAUUUAUAUAGCGUUGCGAGUUUGUUUUUAUUCCCCAUACAUACCUUUUAUCGCCUUGCUUCAUUCAGAUCGAACUACAACCUCUUUUAUUCCCUCCUACUUUCGACAAUCAUCAAAGAGCAUAGCUCCCCUUGUGCCACCAUCAACUUUGUUUAGAGAAGACAAAAGCUUUCACGAAUUCCACCUUGUAUCUCUCGAUUCUUUACCUCUCAGGGCCCAAAAACAUUUCGGUUGUAACAGUAUUCAAAGCUGCAUUUUUGUUUUUAAGUUUAUUUAAUUGCACACUUCACUCCCAUUCAACCUUCACUUUUCCUCACACCACGCUACACUACCUCAACCCUUAAUCACAACAAUGGAGUGCUUAAGAGAGAAGUUCUACGACGGUGUCGUCCUUGAUGGACGUUUUGAAACGAUAUCCCCCCUCAACCAUGGCUCAUUCGGAAUGGUUUUCAUGGCCAAGGACCUAAUCACCAACGAAAUCGUUGCUAUCAAGUGCUUAACUAAGAAAUCUGCCACCAUGACUGAUGCCGAUUCAUCAUUUGCCAUUGAUGAGCACUCGGAAGAACUAUCCUGCCACGCUCGGCUUGGCUCUCAUCCAAAUAUUGUCAAUCUCAUCCACUCCUUCGAGACCGAAGCCCAUGUGUAUAUUGUCUUGGAGUUUUGCUCCCGGGGUGAUCUUUACGAAGCUAUUCGAACUGGCACUGGCCCGCUCGAAACAGAACAUGUCCGUCAAUUUAUGCUACAACUUAUCGAUGCUGUUGCAUACAUUCACAGCAAGGGCAUGUAUCAUCGUGAUAUCAAGCCUGAAAACAUCUUCCUCACUCAAUCUGGGGAGAUGAAGCUUGGUGACUUUGGCCUCGCAACGUCAGAGAAGUGGUCAUACGAAACUACCGUGGGAAGUGACCGCUACAUGUCUCCAGAACAAUAUGAUUCUGCUGGUGCGGGAUACUCCCCAGAGCAAGCCGAUAUCUGGGCCAUUGGCAUUUGCCUUUUGAACAUCUUAUUCUCUCGUAACCCUUUCACGACACCCACAGAGGCGGAUCCCCUCUUCCUUGACUUCACUCGAGACAAGCAAUCACUCUUCGAUGUCUUCCCAACAAUGUCACAAGAUACGUAUGAAGUCAUUGCUCAAUGUAUGAGUCUUGACCCUCGAAAGCGAUCGCUUGCUGGCGCUCGCGAGGCCAUCGAACGUGUACUCAGCUUCACAACGUUCGAUGAGUUUGCCGAUGACUUCAGCUCUGCUGAUCGUCGUGGCAUUCCCAGCUCGAACCGUGAGCCACUGCGCACGCCUUCCAUUCAAAGCCCUCAAAUCGAUGCGGGUGCCUCAUUCCCAUGGGCUAAGGCAUUACAUGCCAGUCCACCUCAACAAUUUCGUCAACUCUCCGCCAUUCCAGAUGAGGAUUACGAUUCUGAGGACCUCUUCCCAGGCUCUGAAGUAAGCAAGAAGGAUUGGUUCUCCAUGGGAGAGCAAACUCCUUCAAUGGAAUCAGUCCUCGAUUCUUCCUUUGGAUCCUCGAUGCAAUCUCUCGCCAUCCGGCGCCACAUGAAGGCUGGUCCUCCAAAGGCCAGUCUUACCCCCAUCUCUGGAUCUCUACCUAUCGCCAUGGCGAAGCCAAUCCCGUUGCCAUCUAUGGCAUCAGUCUUUGGCAAGAAGAGUGACAUGGUAUCAAAGAGUUGGGGUGAUCUCUGGGAUGAAGAGAUGGAAGAAGAGGAAGAGCUCGACAAUCAAUUCAAAGCACGCCAAAUGGCAAACUCGCGAACUUGGAGCCAUGAGAGCAAGACCGAUGGGGAGAAGACCACUAGAUCUCCAUUGGAACCUCACACCUCUUCAUUUGUCAACAUUCCAAGAGUUGCAGCCCAUCGUGCAGUAGCUAAUGACAUUGAUGAGGAUUUGGUGGCUGAUGGUUUCUUCUUCCACGACAAUCCCACUCAACAACACUCGCCUCGCUAUUCACCACCCUCAAAGAGAACCGCUUUUGAUAAGUGGUCUGCGCUUGGAGAACGUAGAAGGGCGUACACAGGAGCGUCAGAUACUGAACGAUCUAUGGAAACGUGGAAGACACAGAAUAUUCCACGUCGAAACGUUGGAUUAGGCUUCUCAGGAUUCGGUACUAGUGCUUGGGAUACUAAAUCAAACAUUGUUAUCAAAGAUAAGGGUGGCAGAGAAUGUCCAUGGGCGCGGGCCAAGGGCCGAGACCACCACUAUCAGGAGAAGCGCAAGGAUAAGCAAUCGGAUCUCGGAGAUUUGGAGUGGGUUGGAGGUUGGCAUGACCUCCACUUGUAGUCGUACUCUUUUGUCUUUGAUUAUUUUUCUCUCGAACAUACUACUCGCACUUGCUUAUGGAGGAUCGAACAUCGUGGGGGAGCUUUGUUCUUGAAUAUACCAACAAAUUUUAUCAUAGGAACGGAGAAGAUGUGUCGAUAUUGGCUCUUUGGUGGGAUAGCUAGUGCGAACAGAGAGAGAGAGAGAGAGACAGAGAAAGGAUUUUUAGAUAGGACUCGCUUUUCUGGUGGAUUAGAUAGAUUAUCAUCUCAGAGCUCUGUUGAUGGGAUGAACUUUAGAUAAAUACCAGAUAAUUACCCGCUCUAUAUCUUUGUUCUCCAUAUGA